AUGGAAUGGGGUGAAGAACUGAGAGCCCAGCACACGGACAGCCCACAAAAGGUCUCGGCGCUUGGCUUUCACCAUCAUCAGCUCCUCAACCUGCAUUGGAGGAGGCAAUCGAGGAUUAUGGACGGGUCAUUCCAGGAUGUUAGUAGUGUUGAUUCUUUCUUGAGGAACUACAAGCUCGGGAAAACUCUUGGAAUUGGUUCCUUUGGUAAAGUUAAAAUUGCCGAACACGCGUUGACUGGGCAUAAGGUUGCAGUUAAGAUCCUUAACCGUAAGAAAAUAAAGAAUAUGGACAUGGAAGAAAAAGUUAGAAGAGAAAUCAAAAUUUUGAGAUUGUUCAUGCAUCCUCACAUUAUACGUUUGUACGAGGUUGUGGAGACACAUUCUGACAUAUACGUUGUGAUGGAAUAUGUGAAGUCGGGUGAGUUGUUCGAUUAUAUAGUCGAAAAAGGCAGGUUACACGAGGAAGAAGCUCGUGUGUUUUUCCAACAGAUCAUAUCUGGAGUGGAGUACUGCCAUAGAAAUAUGGUUGUUCAUAGAGAUUUGAAGCCCGAGAACUUACUUUUGGAUUCUAAACACAACGUGAAGAUUGCCGAUUUUGGUUUGAGCAAUAUCAUGCGAGACGGCCAUUUUCUGAAAACAAGUUGUGGAAGCCCCAACUAUGCUGCUCCAGAGGUAAUAUCUGGUAAAUUAUACGCUGGACCUGAAGUGGAUGUGUGGAGCUGUGGUGUUAUUCUCUAUGCACUUCUCUGCGGGACCCUCCCGUUUGACGAUGAAAACAUUCCCAACCUGUUUAAAAAAAUAAAGGGUGGAAUAUAUACACUCCCGAGCCAUUUAUCUGCUAGUGCAAGAGAUUUGAUUCCUAGGAUGCUUAUAGUUGAUCCCAUGAAGCGGAUGACUAUUCCUGCCGUGCGUGCACACCCUUGGUUCGUGUCUCAUCUCCCGAGGUAUUUGGCUGUGCCACCACCCGAUACAACCCAGCAAGCUAAAAAGAUUGACGAAGAUAUUCUUCAAGAAGUGAUUAAGAUGGGAUUCGACAGAAAUGCACUUGUAGAAUCUCUUCGAAAUAGGGUUCAGAACGAGUUUCUACUUGACGAUAUUCAGGAACUUGGGUUUAACCGAAUGACUCAAAACGAGACUUUACCAUCUCCUGGUGGGCAACAGUUUCUUGGAGCAGUCGAUUAUCGGCAGUUUGCAGUUGACCGGAAAUGGGCACUUGGACUUCAGUCCCGAGCCCACCCGCGUGAGAUAAUGACUGAGGUCCUCAAAGCUCUGCAAGAACUGAAUGUUUACUGGAAAAAGAUUGGGCAUUACAACAUGAAAUGCAAAUGGACUCGCGUAAAUCCCGGUCAGCAUGAAGGGUUACUUAACUUUCUUGGAGGUGAUAAUUCUGCUAUUAUCGAGACCGAUAGCAAUGUUAGGCCACAAAGUGUGGUGAAGUUUGAGUUGCAGCUCUACAAGACGCGCGAAGAGAAAUACUUGCUCGAUUUGCAGAGAGUGCUCGGGCCACAGUUCCUCUUUCUCGAACUCUGUGCUGCAUUCCUUGCUCAGCUUCGCGUACUCUGA